UAAAUUAGAUAUAAAAUAAUGGUGAAGAAGUAGAAGAAGAAGAAGAAUAGCGACCUCUUCUCUCUCUCUCUCUCUCUCUUUUUUCUCCCUUUCGGGUGCGUUUGCUUUGAGAGAGAUAUCAGUGCCCUCUCAAAGCCUCCAUUUUUAUUUUAUAAUUUGCAACUUCCAUUUCUAUCUCUCUUUGCAAAAAAAAAAGAAAAAAAAAAAAAAAAAACACUCACUGCAAAGAGCAACAAAGAGAAAGAAAAGGAGAGAAAGAGAAAGAAAGAGACGACAGACAGAGCGACAACACAGAGAGAGAGAAAAGAAAGAAUUCAAGAAGCUUUCAAUACCACAGAAGGGAAAACGAUGUCUGAGAGCUUUACAUCCUUUCAUACUCUGCAACUCCAAGAGUAAAGGUUUAAGGAAGGUGUGGGAAAACAAAGAAGAUGAUGAUGAAGAAGAAGAGCUUGAUAUGGGAAUAGCAACACAACAACCAAUAGUCGAGCCAAUUCUCUCAAACUCAUCAAAGAGUUACCAUUCAAUUUCAGUGUCAAACAAGUCGAAUUCUGCGAAUUCUAUGUCCCACGAUUACCACCAAAGCAUCUUCAGCUUCUCGAACGGCUUCGAGAGAUCGGCAGCAGCAGCGGUGACCCACCACCACCAUGACCAGCACCAACAACAUCAACACCACAUAGCACAGCAGAUCCGCAGGGAGAAGCUUCGAGUGCAAGGCUUCGAGCCGCCGCCUCUGCCAUUAGUCGGUAUAGAUGAAGAAGAAUCCGGAGGCUUACCGGUGUACGAAACUGCCGGGAUGUUAUCGGAGAUGUUCAAUUUCCCACAAAGUGCUACCACGGCCGCAGAAUUAUUGGAACAACCGAUGGCUCCCAGUUUCCGGUCGCCGAGACCGCCGCAGCAGCAGCAGCAGCAACAGUCUGCUGCAGCGACCGCCGAAUGGUACGGAAGCAGUCGACAAGGCAUGGUGGGAGGGCUACUCGGACCCUUGGGAGAUACAAAGAAUCAUCAGAAUAGCCGUGACAGUAUAGGAGCUCAGCAGCAGCAGCAUCAUCAUCAUCAUCACCAUCAGAUUCCAAGUAUUAAUGCGGACUCAGCUGCUGCCAUGCAGCUUUUUCUAAUGAAUCCACAGCCGAGAUCGCCUUCACCUCCUCCACCUGCUGCUGCUGCUGCAACCUCCUCUACUCUCCACAUGCUUCUUCCUAAUCCAUCCACUUCUCUUCCAGGUUUCACCGCAUCUGGAGGACCAGGUGGAGGAGGGGCUUUCGGUCAAUAUACAUGGGUUCCGGAUCACACUGGCCAUGAAGGAGCUACAAGUGCUGCCCAACUCAAUAACCCUAGUGAAAUCGGUGGAGUUGUCGAAGGGCAAGGACUUUCAUUGUCGUUGUCUUCGUCUCUCCAACACUUGGAAGCCGCCAAAGCCGAGGAAUUGAGAAUCGGAGAGGGAGGUUUAUUGUAUUACAAUCAAGCAGGAGGUGGUGGUGGUGGGGGUUCGGCUCAGUAUCCGUACAAGAAUUUGCAUUUGCAAGGAGGAGGAGGAGGAUUGGGUCAGAAUCAUCAUCAGGUUCAUGUGGGAUUCGGUUCGUCGUUAGGAGUUGUGAAUGUGUUGAGGAAUUCAAAGCAUGUGAAAGCAGCCCAGGAGUUGUUAGAAGAGUUUUGCAGUGUUGGUAGAGGUCAGUUCAAGAAGAACAAAUUCACUAGGAACAACAACAACAACAACAACAAUAGCAACACAAACCCUAGUUCUAAUCCAGGUAGUAGUGGCGGCGGCGGCGGCGGAGGCUCUUCGUCUUCGUCAAAGGAUGUUCCUCCUCUGUCAGCCGCUGAUAGAAUUGAGCAUCAAAGAAGGAAGGUCAAACUAUUAUCCAUGCUUGAUGAGGUGGACCGGAGAUAUAAUCACUACUGCGAACAAAUGCAAAUGGUGGUGAAUUCAUUCGAUCUGGUGAUGGGUUUCGGAGCAGCGGUUCCAUACACAGCGCUAGCGCAGAAGGCGAUGUCGCGGCAUUUCCGGUGUCUGAAAGACGCGAUAUCGGCGCAGCUGAAGCACAGCUGUGAGUUGCUGGGAGAGAAAGACGGAGCAGGGAGCUCAGGAAUAACGAAAGGAGAAACGCCGAGGUUGAAAAUGCUGGAACAAAGUCUGAGGCAGCAAAGAGCAUUCCAUCAAAUGGGGAUGAUGGAACAAGAAGCUUGGAGACCACAGAGAGGCUUGCCUGAACGUUCUGUCAACAUUUUGCGUGCCUGGCUUUUUGAGCAUUUUCUUCAUCCGUACCCGAGCGAUGCAGAUAAGCAUCUGUUAGCACGACAGACUGGUUUAUCCAGAAAUCAGGUAUCAAACUGGUUCAUAAAUGCCAGGGUUCGAUUGUGGAAACCCAUGGUGGAGGAGAUGUACCAACAAGAAACCAAAGAAGAAGACAUGCCAGAUGAAAGAGAAAGGGAAAUUAGGAACGUCCAAAGCAGCAGCAGUGGCCACGCAGCACAAACUCCAAUGCCCACAUCGACAUCUGCCACACCACCAUCAACAACAACAGCAUCAGCAUCAGCAUCAGCAUCAGCAGCAGCACCACCAGCAGGAGCACCGACUACAGCAGCAGCAGCACCAACAACAACUACGCCAACAGGCAAAAGAUCCGAUUUCAAUGCUCCCGAUAGCGACCCUUCACUUCUCGCAAUCAAUAGGCAACCCUUCUCGGAAAACCAAGCAAACAACCAGCACUCCUCCUCCAACACCGUUAUGUCCAACACCACCGCCUCUGAGGUGGUCGUGCCGACUCCUCUCCCCCACCAGUGUUUCGAUUCCUCCUCUGAUCUUCGCCACCACCACCACCACCACCAUAGGGUUCUUCCCGAUGACACGUGUCGCCGUGGCAGCAUCGUUGCAGCUGAUUACGGGACCACCUCGGGUAAUGCCGACAGUGUAGGGUCUACCCUCAUUACCUUUGGGACCACUGCUGGUGAUGUGUCGCUCACUCUAGGGCUACGACAUGCCGGGAACAUGCCCGAGAAGACUUCUUCUUUCUCUGUGAGAGACUAUGGGGGCUGAUAAAUUAUAUUAGAACUUCUAUUAUAUUUAGCUUAAGAUUAAAAAAUCAAAAAAAGAAAAAAAAAACUCUUUUUUAAAAAAUUUUCUUUAUUUUUUUUUUCUUUUUCACUUUUUUUUUUAACUUUUUAUUCUACAUAUAAAAAAAAAAUGAAAAAAAAAAAUACAUUACCGAAAACGUAGCAUUAAGUUAGCUAUCUAGCUUGAUGGGUCUAAUAUUGUAAUUGUAUAGUAGAUUGUAUUUUUGCACAUCUUUAUCUUUUGCUUCUGUGUACUCUAGGGUAUUGUACCUUUUUUUUUUUUUUUUUUUUUUGAAAGGAUAGGGUAUUGUACCUUAAUAGGAGUAUUUACUAGAAUAAUAUGAAGAUUAUAUUUUUAGACAGAUAUGGGGGGAGAGUAGAGAGAGAAAGAAAGUUUUUAGAUUUAAUCUAAAAUGGGUGAGGGGAUGAUGUUGAUUAAAUUAUCUUAUUUAUGUUAAUUUUAAUAAAUGAAAAGCCCUAGAGAUGGGUUUUAAAUUUAUUUUCA